AUGCCCAACUCCAAACACACGGGCUCCCCCAUCCCCCAGACAUCGCUCUCGCCGCCCCCGUCGGCCACCGCAUCCGCCAUUCCGCUGGCCACCUUCGCUUCACCGCAAGAUCCGCCGCCCCUGGCCCAUAGCCCCCAGCAGCUCCUCCACCACGACCGCCCGCUACCCUCUCCGCACCGCUCCGGCGCCUUCACCAUGGAGGGUUCGUCGUCGAACCACUCCCGCCGCCGGAGCACCUCGCUCAUCGGCACCCAGGCUCUGGGAAUCGGCCGCUCCAACUCGCUGCGCUCCCAGCGCGGCCACCGGCGAGCCGUGUCCGAGCACAUCCCUGAGGCCGCCGAGGACAAGCGCGAGCUCGAUCCCGACCGCGACUCCAGCAGCCCCUCUGGCUACGAGGACACCGAUGACGACGACAUCACCGACGAGGAGGCCGCCCUCACCGGCAAGGACCGCCGGAGGCGCAGGAAGCGCAAGCGCCGCAACACCCAGCUUGACAACCGCAUAGCCUCCGAAGUCACCAUUUCCGAAGAGGAGGAGAAGGUCGCGACCGCCGCCCUGGUGAAAUCGUCGCUCAUCAACGUCUGCCUGAUCGGCCUAUGGUACCUCUUUUCCAUAUCUAUCUCAAUCUACAACAAGUGGAUGUUCGCAAAAAGCGAUGACAAAAAUCAAAAUCUCAACUUCCCCUUUCCGCUCUUUACAACGUGUCUGCACAUGAUCGUGCAGUUCACGCUCGCAUCUCUCGUUCUCUACUUUCUUCCCCAAUUCCGUCCGCGGCACGACUCUAUAAGCGCACACGAUGGACCUGCGGGCCGUUCGCCGCCGCAACGGCAAGAUAACGUGGAUCCGAAUAAGCCGCUUAUGACCAAAUGGUUCUACCUGAGCAGGAUCGGGCCGUGCGGCGCCGCCACGGGCUUGGACAUUGGUUUGGGCAACAUGAGUCUCAAGUUCAUCUCACUCACAUUUUUCACAAUGUGCAAGUCGUCGGUGCUUGGCUUCGUGCUCAUUUUUGCUUUCCUCUUCCGGCUGGAGAAGCCCUCGUGGAAGCUGGGAGCCAUCAUUCUCACAAUGACAAUCGGAGUGGUCAUGAUGGUCGCCGGAGAGACUGCUUUCAAUGCUCUCGGCUUCAUCCUAAUCAUGUCGUCCGCCCUUUCGUCCGGAUUCCGGUGGUCGCUGACUCAGAUUCUGCUCCUUCGGAACCCCGCGACGUCCAAUCCUUUCUCUUCGAUCUUCUUCCUUGCCCCUGUCAUGUUCAUCAGCCUUCUCGUAAUCGCUAUCCCCGUCGAAGGAUUCCUCGAGCUGUUGGACGGCUUCAACAAACUCCGGGAAAUCAAGGGCACGAUUAUGAGCUGCCUGAUCUUAAUCUUCCCCGGAACACUCGCUUUCCUCAUGACGGCUUCUGAGUUCGCUCUGCUGAAGCGCACUAGCGUCGUCACUCUCAGCGUUUGUGGUAUUUUUAAGGAAAUUGUCACUAUCACUGCGGCGUCCAUCGUCUUUGACGACAGGCUCACCACCAUCAACUUGUCGGGUCUCAUCGUCACGAUCGGCAGUAUCGCGGCGUAUAACUGGAUGAAGUUCAAGCGGAUGCGGGAGGAGGCAAGGAUGGAAGCGCACCUGCAAAAGGAGGACUACCAGCCCGUGUUGAAUUCGGAGCCUACGGAUGAUGAACGGGCGGGACGCCCCAGCACUAGCAACCUGAUCCGGAAUAGCCUGAGCAUCCAGCCCGUCUCAGACCGGGAUCGACUCCUGGUCAACGACAUGCCGCCACGGCAAAGCCCUGUCAAACGACCAGAAGAUUUGGAUUAA